GAAAGGAGAAGAAAGGGGGAAGGAGGGAUGUGUCCUAAUGGCAAAAAACUUUUUUUUCCUUCUGUGCCGGUCAGAGAAACCUCCAGUCUAAAAUCUGAAACUGUAGAAGUUACUGGAGGAGGUGAGGCAGGCACGUUUUCCCUCUUGUUCUCAGUCCAUUUUCCUCUCUCAAGCAUCCAUAGUUCCAGAGGAGCAUUUUCUGUGUGACCACUUCUGUAGGAGGUCCUACAGGAGAUGACGUUCCUCAUGGCACUUCAUCUGAUUAGUCUUUCUGUGAUGCUCUGGUCCAGCAGUCCCAGUCUGGCCACACCCCUCCCUUUCAACAUUUCCUUGGAGGGCAGUGCAGAGGGGGAGGAGCUGGGCAGCCUCAUCCCCACCCCUUACUCACCUACCACCAGUGGCCCAGCCUCAGAGUCCCCAACCACCUCAGAUGGCUCCACUCACAUAGAGCACUUCCUGCUCAGCCAGAUGGUUCACUUCCUGCAGGAGAACAUGCUCCUCAUCCUUGUUGCCUCAAUCCUCUUCAUCACCAUCUUCCUCAUCCUCUGCUGUGCUUGCAUCAUGAGCCGCAAGCGGAAGGUCAAUGCCUACUACCCCUCGUCCUUCCCCUCUAAGAUGUACGUGGACCAGAGGGACAAGACCGGAGGUACCAAGCUCUUCAACGAGGUGCCAGAGAAACCCUCCAACGGGCAGCAGGCUGAACCAGUUGACUCAAGCAAGCAGCUCCAACAAGACAUCAUGAGGGCAGCCAAGAACCUCCGCACUCCCUCCAAACCUCCCCUGGGUGAGCGAGAGGGAAACAACCCCACACAGAUAGCAGCAGCUGCAGAGAAAAGUCCUGAUGUGAAUGUUCAGGCUGAGGGAGAAAUCAUAGAGAAAGACAACGAGCCAUCAAAUGCACCUGAGCAGAGCGAGGAGGUAUGCCAGCUCUCAGACAGUGAGGCCCAACACCGCAGCUGCCCCAAGCAGCCAGAGAUCCUUCCAGGACAGAUAGGCCUAACAGAGGAUGAUGAGUCACUCACAAGAGCUGAGCUUCCAUCUGGCCAAGGGCACUCACAAGCCAAGCAGGAAGGGGAUAGGCAGGAGAACGCCACUGUCAUGCAGUCUAUUCCGUUGAUCACUGGGGAGAAAACAGCAUUUUAACUAUGUUGGACAGUGGACCCUCCUUCUCCCACCAGCCUUCUCUGCAUUGGACAAUAUGUUUGAGCUCAAUGGUUUGGACGCUUUUGCAUGAGUGACAUCUUUAAGGCAAAGCCAUACCAAAUGUCGUCUAUUCAGUUGUAUGUAAUCAUAUACUUUUGUUUCCCAGUAGCCAUCUUUCCAUGUCGCUCCCUAAAGGGUAUAUGAUGUAACCUGAGCAUACAACUCAUGGACGCUGUAGUCUAAUGUUGUUUGUAUUUGUACAAUGGCCAAAGUAAUGGUACUGCCUUUUAUUUCUCUCUUCCACUCAUUGGUAGAGAUCAUUUUUUAGGGCAACAUGAGAUUGCUUUCCCUUUUUAUUCAACUAGGCAAGUCAGUUAAGAACAAAUUCUUAUUUACAAUGACGGCCUAGUGGGUUAACUGCCUUGCUCAGGGGCAGAACGACAGAUUUUUACCUUGUCAGGUCAGGGAUUCGACCUAGCAACCUUUCAGUUACUGGCCCAACGCUCUAACCACUAGGCUACCUGCCGCUCCUUGAACAAAUAUGGAUAAGUAGAGGGGAAGUUCACCAUGAGCACAUCAUGGUGCAGCAUCUGCAACAACUUCAACUUAGCAUGUUUCCUACAUUAAGGGAAGUAUUUUUGCAUUAUAAAACCUGUUUAUCGUUUGGUUAGUCAAAUGUUUAUCCCUUCGCGUUAAACAUUUCCAUUAAAGGGUCAAGCCGGAGUUCCAACAAUAACAAAGCAGGCACCCAGCCACUUGUUUCAGUAAACAGCUGAGGGAUGGGGCUUAAGAAACAUAACGACUCUCAAAGUCAUAGAGCUAUGGAUGCAAGGACUGAGCAUCCAUGAGAUCAAACUGAUUGUGAACCAUGUUUUGAAGCUAUAGUGUUUGAUUACACUUUGUACAAACAUUGAAGUAAAAAAAACAUAGUUGGGGUUCUGAAUGGGUACGACAGAUUAAGCUCAUGAAGCAUUUAAGGUACAGUCGUCAAGAAUCAAUGAUUUCAUAAGUAUUUUAGUAUUUUAGUAUAUUAUUCAUAAGUAUUUUAACAGUCAAAGAAAUGUGAAGCAACUGCAGAUUGUUGUCCCUUAAAGGGCCAGUUGCUCAGCUGCAGACCUAGGUCAGAAGUUGGGAAAGCAUCCAAGUGUCUGUUCUACUUGUACAAUACAGGCUGGUUAGUCCGGUGUGGUUGAAAAUAUGCACACUCCAAAAUGUUUGUAGAGGUGCCGACUUUCCUUCCAUAAUUGUACUUUGGUUGAAUAAAGUAGAUUUUAUGAAGACAGGAAGAAA